CGAAUAGGGACCAGCUCUAUAGUAGAUGAGAAUACUCAUGAGCCUAUACUAUCUAUACUUACCCUGAUUGUCGAGACCGCCGCCAAACUUCACCGAGAUGGCCAUAAUGUUGUUCUUGUGUCCUCUGGUGCUGUCGGUGUAGGAUUACGAAGGAUGGAUGUUGAUGAGAGGCCAAAAUACCUACCUCGCAUACAGGCGUUGGCUGCUGUCGGGCAGUGCAGACUGAUGAGUCUUUGGGAUGGACUAUUCUCGCAUCUUCGUCUCCCAGUGGCUCAGAUACUGUUGACUAGGAAUGACAUUGCAGAUCGGACACAAUAUAUCAAUGCCCAAAAUACAUUUGCUCAAUUGUUCGACAUGGGUGUCAUCCCGAUAGUCAAUGAGAAUGACACCCUGGCUGUCUCGGAAAUUAAAUUUGGCGACAAUGAUACACUUUCAGCAAUAACAGCAGCUAUGGUGAAAGCCGACUACCUUUUCUUGAUGACAGAUGUUGACUGCCUCUACACGGCUAACCCGCGUAACAACCCGGAUGCGCAGCCUAUCGAGGUUGUCACUGAUAUAUCAUCAUUGGAAGCGGACGUCUCGUCCGCUGGCUCCUCCCUAGGAACAGGGGGGAUGGGCACUAAGAUCGUGGCUGCAAAGUUGGGCACUAGUGCGGGCGUGACAACCAUUAUUACCAAGAGCUCCAAACCGGGUAAUAUUCAUGAUAUUGUUAAUUACCUCCAGCAAACCAAACAGGCAAUUCCGGCGCACUCGGUCACAGAUGAGGGCGACCAAUCGGCGAGCCAGUCAAACUUGCAUCAUCCGCCGCCCCUACACACACGAUUCAUUCCAUCAGAAACUCCAAUACAGUCCCGGUCCUUCUGGCUACUUCACGGUCUAAAACCACGUGGAACUAUUUAUAUUGACAAUGGAGCGUACAGUGCUCUUCAAAAAAAAGCCAGCCUCCUUCCCGCUGGCGUUCUAGGAGUAGACGGUCACUUCGCCCAACAGGAAGCGGUCCGACUCUUUGUCGUGGGGAAAGUUUCUCCUGAUUCACUGAAUGGUGAUUUCCUUCAUCAUGGCCAAGAGCCGAAGGAGAUUGGCCGUGCCCUUGUUAACUACGGCAGCAGUGAGAUUAUUCGUAUCAAGGGCCAUAGGAGCACCCAGAUUCAGACUUUGCUCGGUUAUGCAGAUAGUGAAUAUGUUGCUCUUCGAGAGAACAUUUCCCUGAUAAGAAGCGAUGAAAACACCCAACAUUAA